AUGCUGCUCCUACAACCACGCCCACUCCAGCCACUCCUGCUCGCGCCCAGCCGCGCUACUGCAGUGCGGUGCGGCGUCGUCUCCUCCGACGUCGCCGAUCUUGCCGCCGAUGCCGCUGUGGUCGCUGCUGACUUGCUCCGCGGCGGCGCCACGCUCGCCGCAGCUACGGCGGGCACCGCCGUUCUCGCGCUGGUCGCUUCGCUCGCGGUGUGGCUCUGGCAGCAGCAGUACGUGCUAUCGCUGCGCGCGCGGCGCGCCGGCCGCCGCGCGACAAAGAGCAAGAGCGUGGAAGUAACUAGCGCCGCGUACUUGCCUCCACGUGAGCUGUGGACGCGCAGGGAGCUCGCGUGCUUCGAUGGCAGCGACGGCGAUGACGGCCCAAUCCUGCUCGCGGCCGACGGGCGCGUGUUCAACGUCGCGCCGGCGCGCCGCUUAUACGGGCCGGGCGGCGAGUACCACCUUUUGGUCGCUGGCGGCGACGCCACCCGGUACCUCGCGCGGAACAGUGUCGAGCCGGAAUCGGAGGAGAGCGCGCGCCGCCCACUCAACGUGGCGGAGCGUGCGGCGCUCGGCGCGUGGCUCUUCUCAUUCAGCCAAAAGUACGACGAGGUUGGCAGGGUCGCCAGACCGGAGGAGGAGGUGGUGCUGGGGCGGCGCGAGGCUUACCUCGACAACCUCGAGGCGCUGUCGUCAGACAUGGAGCGGGAGCGGCUGACGGCAGCAUGGAUUCGAGAUGAGAAGCGCGAUUAG